AUGGAUUCUGUGCGGCAGGCAGUCAACCGGACGGCGCUGGGCCUGGCGGAGUACAUUACGCCAGUGCUGCGACAGUCCAAGUUUCGCGAGACUGGUGUAAUCACCCCAGAAGAAUUUGUUGUGGCUGGUGACUUCCUGGUGCACCACUGCCCCACCUGGCAGUGGUGUGCCGGCGAGCCUGCGCGUGCGCGCUCCUAUCUACCUCCAGCCAAACAGUACCUCGUCACUAAGGGUGUC